ACUCUGCCAGGUUCUCCUGGGACUCUGGGCAGGCAGAAAGAGGAGUAAUAUUCUACGAGUCAAUAACGGAUCUAUCGGAGGACCUCGUGGCAGCGCUUCUAACGCGUGAGUGGAUGAUGUGGUGUGUUUACUGUCUCAGGAGCCUCGGUGCUCAUUCUUGGAGCAUUGAGCGGGGCAGACGGACGCACAGUCGCUCUGUAGAGUGACUGAAUGAGCUACUGUGAAAGAACCAGCAGAUGCAAAAAAAAGAAGAUGUCAGUGGCAUUGAAGAGGGGAAUAAGCGCCAAAGCCGAGUCUAGAAAAUGCGAAGCGCGUUUUUGGAGGCUUUUUCCUCACCUUGUGCUGUGUCUGUCCCUGGUCGGGUACGCAGCGCUCGGUGCGCUUAUGUUUAAGCACAUUGAAGGAGGGGUCGAGUCCACUCACAAGCCCGAAUUCCAUAAGUUUCUGGGGGAGAUUGUCACCAAGGUCCAAAACCUCACAGAAAACGUCUCCUACACACAUGAGGCUAUAGUAACGGAAGUGGAGGAUAAAAUGCGAAAUGGGUUUAACUCCACUUGGCUCCAGAGCCCGAAGAGAUGGCAUUUUUUUGGCUCCCUGUUCUUCUGCUGCACAGUGUUCACAACAGUGGGCUAUGGAGAGAUCUAUCCAGUUACCCUUACCGGUAAGGUGGCAUGUGUCUUGUACGCCAUGGUGGGCAUUCCUCUCAUGCUUCUGGUCAUCCUUGAUGUGGGAGACUUCCUUGCAAUGCUGAUGACAAGAGCCUACAUCCACAUUCACAACUUCUUCAAAAACCUCCGCUCCCGCACCUGGUCCCCAUGGAAGGCUCGGAAGAAGGCAGAGGAUUCGAGGUGCCGGACCCUGGAAGAUGGCACCUUUGUAUUUAGCCAUGAUAUCGUGGUCCGCCAACCUCUUGACAUCCGGCAGGUGCUGCACAGCCAGGCGGACUUACGUCAGAAAUCUAUUAAUCUCCAAAACAACAAAGAGAUAUUCGAGAGGAUUCUUGCCAGGGAGAAUUUAAUCAGAAGGAGCCCACUGGUCAGGAGUCUCUCCUGCCCAGAACUAGACCGGCUGGCACUACCACGCAAAAAUUACACCAUAUGGGACUUCACAGGUUUAGGGGAUGGGAUGGAAACACUGGAUGUACCCUUUGUGCUGAUCCUUUUCAUCGUGUUUUCCUACAUUUUGUUGGGUGGUUUGAUUCUACCAUUGUGGGAAACUACAAUCACGGGCUUCGACCCCUAUUACUUUUGCUUCAUCACGCUCACUACCAUUGGUUUUGGUGACAUUAUACCAAGUCACCCCAAUUACUUCAUGGUUACCUCACUCUUCAUCAUCGUCGGCAUGGCCAUUAUGUCCAUGGCUUUCAAGCUGUGCCAAACUCGACUUGUAAUCUGCUACCGCCAGUGCAUCAAGUUCAUCAGCAGGGGAAAUUCGGAAACAUUCAACAAAGAAGAGAACGAUUAAGUUACCAGGGGAAUAUAAGCCUUAUGUCCAAAAGUCAUAUAAGCUUACAGUCCUGGUUUUGAAACAGGCUCAAAACGGGAGAAUGUUGGCUCUAGUCCAGUGCGUUUUUUGCUGGCUGUUCAAUUGUAAGCAUGUGCAAAAUAAAAAAUGUGCAUUUGUCAAAGCCUUUGCCCAGUAAAGGAGAGUUAUAUAAAGUAAUUCCUAUCUUCAAUAACUUUUAACUCUGCAUAUCUAGAGUCAGUCUUGCCAUGGAAUGACUAUUAGCCAUACUAGUGUUGCAUUUGGCAAUAAGUCACUCUCUUUUAGGAAACAAAAUAAAAUGCCUCCUUAAUUUUUACCCUUUCCAGUCGAAAGGCUCCUGAGCAGGACGUUUCACAAGCAGUGACCUUUUUGUCUCAGAAGCAUAGAGGAUGACAACCAUGUGAUUUUUAAGCUAAACUUUGUUCCUAAAUUAGAAAUAACAUCAACAUUUGACAAAUUGUGUUAGAUUACUAAGAAAUGUAAACAGUAUUCAUUACCUCCACAGAAAAUGUUGGCUGAGACUAGUUAAGCAAAAAUGAAAUCAAAAUUAAGAUCAAGAGGUGUUAUUCAAAAGUUGUGAUGAUAUGUCAUUGAGCUCAAAUUCCCACAGUCUGCAUGUAUCUUGUCUGGGUCCAUUUGUAAAGUUUUUAACAUCAUGCAUGCAGGCUUUGGUCUGUAAAGAACACAUUCACUUCAGUCAUAAGCAGCUCAGUUGUUGUAACACGUUAUAUCUUUCACUGCCUGGACUAUGUAAAUGUUCUCCUUGUUUUCUUUAUGCACCUUCAUUGCUUAUACUAUGUAUUCAGUUAGUUGUCAUUCAAAUAUAUUCAUAAUCAAAUUUGGAUUGUAUAUUGCAAUUUUCAUGAAUACAAUUUCCUAUGUAGCUUUAGAGCGCACACAGGCCACGUCCACACGUAUACGGAUAUUUCUAAAAACCCGUUUCCCCCCUCCGGUUGCAAAAAAAAUCCCGUCCACACCAACAGUUUUUAAAAAAUCUCUCAGUCCACAUGGCAACGCAAAAACGAUGGAAAACGCUCACAUAAGCAUGCCAUAAGCAUGCCAGGCCAGUAGGUGGCGAUAAUAGCUGUGUCUCAUUCACAUCAAACACCGUAAAAAAGAACAUUGCGAGCAUGCGUAUUAAGCGUCCUUUUGACAGCGGCGAUUUGGAAAGAUGGCGAAAUAAGUCAACAAACACAAAGCCGAUUCAUUCGUCUGGACGGACGACGAAGUGGAGUUGCUGCUUAGAGUUACACUUGAAUAUAAAGUAAAUAAGCGCCAGGAGAAUGUCGACUAACAGCAGCGAACAGAUGUAAACAAACCAGUAGCCCGCCAUCUUGGUUAUGACGCAUGACGCAUGCUCAACACGCAAGUCGACGUAAUUACGACGUAUGUUACGACUUUAUGUACAAGAGGCCUGAGCACCUCUUGUACAUAAAGUCGUAAUACAAUACAUGCAUGGCUUCACGUGAUCAUGAAGCGUGCUUAGCACAUCAGAGAAUAACACAAAGAACAUGACUGCUACUAUACUGACUUAUGGCUUAUUUCGAGUCAUUUUACUUCGAAAAAGCCAUAACACUCCGUGAUGACUCGAUAAUGAAGGCUUUCCACGUUGUGUACCUAUGUACCUUGAGUAAGGAUCGGAGCACACUAGUCAAACGAACUGGACUUUGGGGGUAUAGCAUGCUUAGGCACGGUACAGAUUGCCUAGUGUGUCGUUAGUCAAUAUUCUAGUUAAAGCUGGAGAAUCAUUUGUCAAAGAAGCUGAGAAGUUUUACCUUUGUGCCCAGAAACUGUAUGUUACACAGUGAAUGAUGCUCCUAUUUGUUCUACAUCUAUUUGAUUGUGCACAAAUAGGCUUAUUUACAGUCAGAUAUGUCACAACUUCCUUAAAGGCUGUAGUUAUUUUCACACUAUUGCUACAAUUACUUUUUUUUUUGCACUCAAGUUUAAAAUUAAGAUGUUAUAUUAGACCGACUGAAUGGUCAAGAUACUGAAGCAGCCUGUGAUUUGUGCGGAAGGAAAACUUCCCAACAGAUUUAAAGAUUGUGAAACAUGAAUUAUGUAGAUACAAAACUGAGGUGUUUUUGUUGCAUACUAUUAUUAUGGCCAGGGUAAUAUAUUAUGUUUUACAUAAAUUGAUCUUGUUCUUCAGAAGUAGCAGCAACACCUUGAUGGACUUAAACAUGGCUCAAUUUGUAAGGUUUGGGUCUCAGUGCUAACAGUCAGAAGGCAUUUGCAUUUAAAUCAAUACAAAUUAAGUGCAGCCAUAAGAUUAUACACACAAUAACGAAUUAAACCACUCACGACAGCAAUAUGAACAUAAGGGAAUAGAGUACAUAAUGGUUUGAAAGAUGUGGCUUUCUCUGAUCCCCUGUAAAUCAUUUCCAGUAAGCACUUCCUUUGUUUUGCUGCUGAUCUGUGACACAAUAAACUUGUAUUCAUA